AGCUUUUAUUUUUCUGCCAAUUUGGAGAUUUGCUAUAAAAGCGUAUUUUCGAUGUAGGCCCAAACUUAGUUAGUUAAAGACUUCAUUUGACAAUACUAUGCGUGCCUAUUUGCUGCUUGCCCUUUUUGGAUGUGUGCUUUUGGCCACAGUUUCCGCCAACCCGGUGGAUAUCGACGAUUUGGAGGACCUCGAUGAGGAGAAACUAAUUGCGGAGGAGCAGGAUAAUGUCAAGGAUGACGAGGAAGACGAUGAGGAUGCAAAUGAACCCGAAUCCGACGACGACCUAGAUGAACCCGAAUCCCAGGAUGAUAACUCCAAUGAUGAUGAUGAUGAUGAUGAUUCCGGAAGCGUGGAGAGCAACCAGAACAAUGCAAAUGAAAAGUUGCUCUAAUUCAUUUAUUGUUUUCAGCUACACGUUUCUGCCGAUCGUUAGAUAUUUAAACAGCUGUUUACACGGCAAAAUACAGUUCACCUCCGACAAACAAACAAGUACAUUUUUUAUAUUAUUCUAGCAAAUACACACUUUCUGAAACACCCGUGAUCAUAA